GUUCCACAGAGACAAGAUGCUUCCUGUCACUGCCACUUUGAGGACGACCAUGUCGAUGUUCACCUUGGUUAUUCUGGGGUGUUUGGGGUUCCAAGGGGUGAUGGCCUCUGACUCUAGGGCGUACAGAAUGUCCAUGACCAACGACAACGAUGGGCACACCACCAGUCAGCGACAGGACCCUCAGACAAGCAAUGAAAUACCACGGAGUAUCGAGGUGGAUGAUUUCAAAAUCAACGUAGUGCCGACCAGCGGCAAAGUCAGCUUAGCACCGACCAUGGUCCGACUCUACCCGCCACCAGUCAAAACGUCACACCUUCAUGCCAACCUUCCGCUUCGCUUCGGCCGGGACUCCCUACCCGACGACACCCACUCACCCAAAACGACCCUUAAUUUACCGCAACGGUUUGGAAGAGCACAGGGGUCUGGCGCAACGGAACCGACGUCGUGUAUUGAGUGUCCCCAUGUCGGGACACUGCCCUCCGCCACCCUGCCACAGAGGUUCGGCAGGAAUGAGUUCAACCGCCAGUAUCCUUUCCGAGCUAUGGCCUUUUUCUCACGCAGGUCCGAACCCGUGCCAAAUGGAAACAUUAGGCAGCAAGACUAUAAUUAUUAUGAUUUUGGCUCAGAGGAAGAAGAGACACGGGAGAAGACUCUGAAGAGCUCAACGUUGGAUUUUCUCCUCUGGAACUCUUGAAAGAACUCUGUCGCCACAGAAGUGGGUCCCGUUUUCAUGACCUGGGUCGCUUAUGUUUUUUCGUAAUUUUGAUCUACUAUGUAAUGUAUGAAUAUUGUUAAAUUGGUGGCAUAUUGUUACUUAAUCAUGUAAAGCACAAAUUAAAACGAUAGUAUCGAUUUUACCGUUGAUUUGGAUGUUAUUCGUUUCAGAACCAUGGAUAGCUCCAAAGUGGUCUACCAAACGUCAACUUCUGAAUGUUCCACUUCUCAACCACUCUCUCUCGUAUCUCUCGCCUCCCCUCUCCUCCCAAUUGAAAAAAAAACAACCAAAAAACAGUAGGCCUACUUAGCUAAUGAUAGAUAGGCUAAUCAUGUAAUACUGUAGCUAGACCAGGUGCUGACUGGCCAACCUGGUCUCAGAGCAGUUUGUAUUAUUUUGUAUGUAAAUCUUGCACACUCCAUUUAGUAUGCUAUGUUAUGUUUCAUAUGAUAUGUAUUAAUUUGUGGAUGUC